AUGUUGGAUGUGCACAAGCUGAAUAAACGGAGCGACUCGUUCUCGGAGAAUUUCUCUGUUUUCUUUCUCUGGCUGGGAAUCUGGUUACGGCUUGAGGACUUUCGCCCGUGGUACAUAUCUCCCAUUCAGCGUAACCAAUCGGAAGUAAUACGAUUCGACUGGGAGUUUUCAACCGCCCUACGACUCGUCGGUACGAACCAAUUCACCGUACUUACAAUACGAUUGCCAAGAAUUAUAGCUGGUAUGGAGAGGAAAUCAAGGGCUAUCUUGAAAACGGUAGGGUACCGUGAACGACCAAUCUGGAGCCAGGGCUUCCAACGGGCCGUACUACGGACCUACGUACGAACGUACCGAGUUCGUGAGCCGUACCGUACGAUUAAUGAUGCCCUAGGUACGGUACGUAGUACGAAUGUCUCAAAAAUGCCUAUUACAGACCAUUUUCUAUUCCAGAGUUAUCUAUCCACGCCUCUUGCCGCCUUACAGGCCGCAUCUAUCUUAGCUGUUUCGACUAGAUUACGAUACGUACACCUACCUCUCCUCCUCCCUGUCGUACGAACGUACACAAAAUCUCACCCGUACAGGCCUCAAAAUCGCCCAAUCGUACAGUACUACGCCUCGUUGGAAGCCCUGUCUGGAGCCACCAACCUAGUGGUCUAUACAAGUCGUAAUACGAUAUACUUUUCAGGCUUAAGUACGAUUCGAUACGACUCAAAGACCCACUACGACUCUACGAUGCACGUGAUCGUAACGUAUCGUAUUCUACGAAUCGUAGUCCUUCCUGUUGGUCACGCUGCUCCCAUUAACGCUCCCUGGAAUGCAGGUUGUAUUUUCAAGGGGGAUACCACGUCCACAAUGCUGGUAUACACAUCGGCGCAUGUCGAGGACGUCGAAAACACUAGUGUGAGUGGGAUACAGGAGCUGGCUCUCUUAUCAUUCUACAAUAUACUUCCCUAUAGGCCAAGGGUCAUAACCGUUUCAGCACGAUUUGGGAUUGCGUUCUUUGAAGGAAUAGUAUUGUGUCUACCUCGUAGGUUUCCUUCCGCCCUAGAGAAAAUUAGGCUUAGUGGAAGCGGAAAGGUAUUUGAAAUUCAAGUGGAUAUGAACUUGGAAGGGGAUAUCACAAUUCCAUAUCCCAGGUCAUCUUUGGCAUGGAAUAGACAGUACACCGUCAAUUGCCUCCUUCUGAGCUUCGCAGUGAAAAUAUUCGCCCGCUCUCUGGUCAUUGCCGAGCACCUUAACAAGUUUAAUGAUGAGACUGGAGCUAAGAGCCCAACAUUGAGUGGGGAUAGGCUAGAUGCCCCGCAGAGGAGGGCCAAAAGGCCACGAUAUUAUCAAUUAAGUCUUGUAAUCAUGCUGAUAGGAAAUCGCCCUAUGGCUCUAGUGGGAUUUCAAACGAACCGUUUCUAUUUGGAACCGUUGAGUUGGACCUUCAGCCUCUCCUGCAAGCUGCCCCUCUUCACCUGCAUGAUGCGUACAACUGCCCCUGCAUCUCCCGCGUUCCCGAUCGGCUUUGACUUUUCGAUAAGUGACAUCAAGGUCAACGUCAAGAACCCACAACCACUACCAAAAAAACCAGAGCGGGAGCCUCCAGACAACGCCGAGUCAAAGCCGGAUGCGACUAGAUAUUUACAGCCAACAGCCGAGGACUACCCUAAUGACGACGACGAAAUCCCAAGAAAGUUCUCCUGUACAACUGAAAUCCGAAGAAAGGAUAGCCCUAGAGUGGAAAAUUCAAUCGGCUCCAUAAUACUUAAGAGUGCUUUCGACACUGAAGGGCGACAACUAGUCGGAUUUUCAGAUGAUUCAAUCAAGAAAGCGAUGAUGAAACCCUUGGAGGUCCCCGGCCAAAUUUCACGAAGGCAAUCUAUUCGAAUCGGAACCAAGAGCCCCACCAACCUCACCUCUAUCAGUCUACCUUUCAGCCAACGGCGCUCAAAUCAACCAGCAGAUCACUACCAGGUCAGGAAAGACAUCAUCGAAAGAGCCUUCGAAGCCCCCAACACCUAUGUACGGGGUAUACCAACUAGAACUGGCUCAGAAGUUUGCCCGACAAAAGCCACAGCACACGUAGAUUCCGCCUUCAUUUGGGCUUCGGUGGAUUCAGGAGGUGAGACUUGCUUGCUGCUAGGGAAGGGCGGCUCACAGGGUUCGACGCCGAAGCCAGGUGCCUCGAACCUUGAAAGGACACCAACCUGGGAGGCUCCGCGCAGAAGGGUUGACAGCAGUCUCUCAUCCUUUGCCGGCGAUUCCCACAAUCACAACAUCGUUCCAACCGACAGCACAUUAUCCUACUCCUCCUCCAAGUUCAAUGCCUUUCGAUUAUAUGCCCGAUUCUUGGCUUUCAUUCACCUCAAUUUGAAGCACUCACAUCAAAUAUUGGGUAUUAUGACUGCGGUGGGAACAGUACAGUGUCCUUGUCCUAUCGGCAACGUACUUUAA